AGUUGGAACGAAACGCAUAAGAAAGUGAGGAUCCACAGCAAAAUCACACUCAUAUUAGCUUUCUCGUGCAGCAUCGAUUAUCGACCAUUCCUCUGCCACUCUUUCCCGUCAAUUCGAGAAUUCUGUCGCUUGAUUUCUCCACAGGAAGGAAUAUGGAGUGUAUUUCUGUUCUUAACAGUACCCUCUCCUCCUGGUAGGGCAUUUUGCUGCUGCUUUUUCCUUUACACAUAGAUACAGUGGGCUUCUUCUUCGUAGCUAUGGCUUACGUACCUCCACACAAGCGCCACUCUAAGGACAAGGAUGCCCCGUUACCAUCACCCGAGCUGCUCCCUUCUCACUCAAAGAAAAAUCCAAAUUUAACUUCUCGCAACUCCUACGCUGAGAGAAGCGGGAAGAUCAUAUAUGCAGAGCAGGCCAUAUCUAAAUGGUUUGCGGUUGGCCUUGAUGAUACCAGCCAGCUUCCCCCUUUUGUUCACCUUUGCUCCAUUUCCUUGGAAUCUAUUGAGCGCAAAAUUGGAGAAAAACCCCUUAUUUUAGUAGAAAGUAGUCAGCUUACUGGAGACACGGGAGUUGCACGCAUGAGAUGUCCUGCGGAAAUCAUUACAGAAAAUGUGCUUCAAGAUCUACUUUCUUCUUUCGACAAUGUGAGAAGCCUGAUGCAGGUCCGAUCUUUUGAAGAAGUUAAGCCAACCUUAGUGGCCAGAUUUGGCAAGGUUCUGUUCCAUGGGAGACCUUCCGCUGCGCAAGAAGCAAUGCAAAGAGGUUUUGCUGCAGGGAUUAAGUUGGGAGAUUCAAAAAGAUCAUUUUACACAAAUAUUCCUACUCCGUACAUGGAAAAAAUUACUAGCGAAGAGUCACCAAACAUUGGGUUUGAUUUUGCAGAGGAAAAAGAUGUGUUCCAUGUUAAGUUGUCUGACACCAACCGACCAGACGCGACUAUUUCUUGCAAGUGCCGUGUAGUGAAAGAACACAGUAGGCUUCAAAUGUACAAGAUUGAAUUGAAUCAAGUACGCCACAUGGUCACUGACAUAUCGUCUCUUAUUAAGAAUCUUGAUUUGAGGCUAAUGUUGUGCACCAAAAGGAUUCUGACGUCCUUGAAAGAUGAUGAAAUGCAAUGCAUUCAAGAUCUGAUUCAUUCUGCCAUUCUAGAUCCAAAUGUGAAGGGCGGAUUAAGAUGGACCCUAGGGAAAACAUCUUCCGGAGAUAGAUUUUCUGUGGUUGGGGUCUGGCACACUAUAACUAAAGCUUACAGAACUCCAUCGCUAAGACUGAAGGUGAGACAUGCUGAUCGAUUUGAUUUAAGGAUGUCUACUGGUGAAUCUGCUUCUGAAGCUUACUUGAAGCUGAAAGGAAUUGUCUCAGAAUUACAGGUGGAAAAAGUUGAUGUCAGUUUGAUCUCAGAGAUGCUUAAACAGGAUUUAAGACUGAUAUGGGAUCACUUUCUAAACUGUGAACAUUUCUUGGGUUGAUGGCUGGUUUCGAAUUUAACUGGACUUGGAUCCCCCACUCUUAGUUUCUCAGGUGAGGUGAUAAAGAUGGAGUUCACCUUUUACUUGGGUCCAUUCCAUUUUUAUUUGCCUCUCACUCGAGCAAUUGAACAGCCGAAAGAAUCCAAAACCCGAGCUUAAGCUCUCUCGCCCUCACCUCUCUAUUCUCUUUUGUUGCGAGUUAUGGCUUCCAGUGUGUCUUUAUUGAAGGAGGAAUGAUGUAAAGAAUUUGUCAUUCGCGAGGUGUAAGAUUACUCCAACUUCUGACUGGCAAUGACUCCACACAGAAACAUGAGCGGAAAAAGCUUGUCUAUAUAUCCAUAUAUCUAGUAAACCUACGUGAUUUCCUCCUAUUUUGUUCUUC